AUGGGUGGGUGGAAUAAUGAUGUUUGGAGUUGGGGAGAUUUUGGUAUUAAUGUUAAUUUGUUGAAUUCGGAGCUCACUAAUUCCAUAGUCUCUCUUCGUUCUAUUUUAUCGGAAGCGGAGAUUGGGGUUCUUGAGGAUGAUAAGGUUGUUUGGUAUGGGGAACCGGGUGGGAUAUUUUCGGUAGCUUCUUGUUACCAUUUUUACGCAAAUUUCUGCAUACCUUACGGCCAUCCUAAUAGGGAUGAAGCGGUGUUGGGAAAGAUAUGGAAGAUUGGAGCGCCUUAUAAAAUCAAGGCUUUUAGUUGGAGACUCAUUUUGAAUAGACUUCCUACUAAGGACCUUUUAAGAUCUAGAGGUAUUUCUCUUCCUUUAACAUCUUUAAAUUGUGUCUUUUGUGAUAUUGAGGCAGAAAGUAGGAAUCACUCUUUUUUCUCUUGCAAAGUAAUGAAGAUUAUUUGGGAUGACAUCGCUUUUUGGAUAGGUAAACUAUUUGUUUUAGAGGAGGAGUUGUUCGGGAAUUUCAUGGAUUGGUUUUUAUUUUGUAAGAGCAAGAAGGUUAAGGAGGAGAAAUGUGGGAUUUUUUGGUUGGCAAUUACUUGGUCCAUAUGGUUAACCCGGAACGGAGUUUGUUUUAGAAGUGACGGAUGGAAUGUUCAUAAUACGGUUUGUAAUGUAAAGAAUUUAGCGUGGAGAUGGGAGUCAUUGGGAGACAUUACAAAACCCAAUUUUAGCUUUUACGAAUUUACUAAGGACCCAUUGGGUUUUCUUUCGUAA